AUGUCUACGAACGAGGAGGCGAGUCGCCUGCGUGACCUCCAAGCAGAUGUUCGCGACCAGGAUGAUCUUGAAAGAGACAUCACUCGCCAGGCCGAUAAAGCUCUAGCCGAUAAAGCAGAAGAGAAUGACAUCAAGCGACUUGAAAAAGCCCUUGUGGAUCGGGAACGGGUCGAUUCGCAGGUCCGCCAAGCGCAGCAGCGCCUGACACAGCCCGUCGGAGCCGCUACUCGCCACCGGGUUGAAAAUGAGCUGAAAAGGCUGCAGGCGCGCAAGGCCGAUCUGGGGAAAGACCUGAAGGACAUACAACAGCGCAUUGAUGAGAGGCGCGAGUCACAGGGCAAUUCGACGGUGGCGCAUGGGUCAGGGCGACAGCCGAAUGAGUCCCGCCGCGACUAUCUCCUGCGAACUGGAAAGAUCACCCCGUUCGCAUUGAUGCAAGAGGGCUCCAGAGAUGGACCACUUGCUAAUCUUCACGAUGCACUUGUCGAUACUGAGGAACAGCAGUAUGAGGAGGAGGAGCGCGAACAAGCCAAACAUCAGCCAGCCGCGUCCCACCGGGACCUUGCACGCCCAGACCUCGACUUUGAUGAGAGCAGCGAAAGCAAGCGCAAGCGGAGGCAGGUGGAUCGGCGUAGCUCCCCGGGAGCGGAUUCCUCGGCAAGUUAUGUUGCCUCUGAAGCUGAGAUUACAUCCGAGGGUGAAGAGUUCAUGCCUGAUACUCUCCCUGAGACCAAGCCAAGUGGCAAGCGCAAGCAAGGAAAAGCGACCACUGAGCUUGAAGAUCUUAGUGGGGUUGAUGAUGGAAACGAGACAAUAUACCAGUCUCGCGUCCAGGAAUGGAUCAGUCGGCGGAGCUCUGCCCGACGGCACGCUGACAGUCAUUCUGUCGAAGCUGAGGUGAAUGAAGAAGAGGAGUGGCUUAAGCCACAUCCCACCGAACCAGCCAUGGAGCUUGACAAUGGGCUGCGGGUCCCUGGAGACAUAAGCCGCUUCCUAUUUUCCUACCAGAAAACUGGAGUGCAGUGGCUUUGGGAGUUGCACCAGCAAACGGUCGGCGGAAUUAUCGGAGACGAGAUGGGGCUAGGGAAAACCAUUCAGGCGAUCUCUUAUCUUGCGGCGCUGCAUCAUAGCAAGAAGCUCACCAAACCUGCCAUCGUCGUUUGCCCUGCAACUCUUAUGAAACAAUGGGUUAAUGAGUUUCACCGCUGGUGGCCACCCUUCCGUGUUUCCAUCCUACACUCAUCAGGCAGCGGAAUGAUAAAUCUUAGCAAGGAAAGCAACCGGGAAAAUGCGCUUUCAUCAGAAAUGAUGGGCAGCCACAGCUCUCGUCACUUAUCUGCUGGUCAGAAAGCGGCUAAAAAGAUCAUUAAGCGUGUUACCGAGGAGGGCCAUGUCCUUGUGACUACAUACUCAGGUCUGCAAUCUUAUGCAGAUGCUCUUGUUGAUGUUGAAUGGGGCUGCGCUAUCCUUGACGAAGGUCAUAAAAUCCGCAAUCCAGAUGCCGGUAUCACCUUCAGCUGCAAGGAACUCCGCACUCCGCAUCGCAUCAUUCUUUCGGGGACCCCAAUGCAGAACAGUCUGGUGGAUCUUUGGUCCCUAUUUGACUUUGUGUUUCCAAUGCGCCUGGGGAACCUCGUUACAUUCAAAAACCAGUUUGAGAUCCCCAUCCGCCAGGGUGGCUAUGCAUCUGCAUCAAACCUUCAAGUGCAGACUGCUGCGAAAUGUGCAGAAACCCUCAAAGAUGCCAUUAGUCCUUAUCUGCUCCAGCGGUUCAAGGCCGAUGUAACAUCUGAUCUGCCGAUGAAAAGCGAACAGGUCAUUUUCUGCAAAUUGACCCAACUCCAGCGAACCAUCUACAAGAGGUUCCUUGGCUCAGAUGAUAUGAAAUCCAUUAUACGAGGGAAAAGAAACUCUUUGUACGGCAUUGACAUCCUGCGCAAGAUCAGCAACCAUCCAGACUUGGCAGACCACACAUUGCGUUCUCGCGAGGCGGACUAUGGCGAUGCAGAGCGGUCUGGCAAGAUGAAGGUUUUGAAGGGUUUGCUUGAGGUCUGGAGAGAUACUGGCCACAAGACCUUGCUUUUUACCCAGGGCCGUCUGAUGUUGGACAUCAUUGAGAAAUUCCUUGGGGUGCUGGGUGGAUUCAAUUACCGCCGAAUGGACGGGACUACUCCGAUCAAGGAGCGUCAGAAUCUGGUUGACAAAUUCAACAACGACCCCGAUAUCCACGUUUUCUUACUUACCACCCGUGUGGGCGGGAUCGGAGUGAAUCUGACAGGUGCUGACCGUGUCAUUAUCUACGAUCCUGACUGGAACCCAUCGACUGACUUGCAGGCGCGGGAGCGCGCAUGGCGUCUGGGCCAAAAGCGUGAUGUCACCAUCUUCCGCUUGAUGACCAAGGGCACUAUCGAAGAGAAGAUCUAUCAUCGCCAGAUAUUUAAGCAAUUCUUGACCAACAAAAUCACCCGUGAUCCUCAUCAACGAGAAGGAUUCCAGCUAAGUGAUCUCUAUGAUCUGUUCACUCUGACGGAUGAAAAUGACGACGAGUUGGAGACGACUAAACUCUUCAAGAACGCUGAAGUCACAUAUCAGGAAGAGGCUAAAGAUGUUCCCCUUCGCAGCAAGAGCAGGCCUGCCCCGACUCCCAAGGAGGAAGACGACAUCAACGACAUCCAUGGUAUUGCCAAGGUCGAAGAGUUCCAAAAUGCCGCCGAAGAGGACAAAAAUGCCAAAACCUCCGAAGACCGCAUUAUGCAUGGCAUCUUCGCUCGUUCUGGCGUCCACUCUGCAGUCCAGCACGACCAGAUCGUAAACGGCAAACGAGUCCUUCGCGCAGACCCCAAGAUGAUCGAAGCCGAAGCUCGCCGCGUCGCCAACGAAGCCGCCGAAGAGCUCCGCAAAGCCGAAGAAACUGCCCGGGCACUCCCAAUCGGACUUCCCACCUGGACAGGCCGUUUUGGGAUGGGGGGCCGCGAAGAUCCACGGAGUGGUGGUAGCUCAGCUCGCCCUGCUGGGGCAGGGCCAUCCUCCUCCGACCUGUUGGCUAGGCUUAACCCUGCUGCUGCCGCAGCUGCUGGACAGAGCCACAGUGGUUCCGAUAGUCCAUCAGCACGUAUGCCACGCGGCAAAGAUUUCAUGCCCUUGAUCCGUGAUUACCUUGCCGCUCAGCGUGGGCCGACUCUAUCGCAGUCGAUUGUUCAUCAUUUCAAUCAUUACUGCUCCAAUCCGCAGCGUGUCGCUGAGUUCCAGGAGUCGUUGAAGAAGGUUGCGACACUUGAGCAUGGUCGUGAUCGUCGGGGUCGGUGGACUCUGAAGCCUGAAUUUGCCCGGAAUGCCAAUAAUCAGGGACGGUGA